GCUACGUGUCUUGCCUGCUGAUUCUACUAUUUCAUUAUAACAACACAACAUUGGCGACAAAGAUGUCUAUUUCUGUGCCUUUACCUACUCCAUUCAUGCCAUGCCCAGGGGAACCAGCGAUACCAUUUCCAACAUGGCUGAAAAUGUUCGACAAUUACAUGUUGGUGAUAGCUGCAUCGGGGGAUAGCUGGCCUGAUGCCAGAAAGCGYGCGGUUCUACUUCAUGCCCUGGGUACAGAGGGCCAAAGGCUUUUCUACACCCUGCCGAACACCGGAGACACRUUUACUACUGCUGUUGCUGCCCUUAAAGARCAUUUUGUGCCUAAGGUGAACGUCAUUGCGGAACGUCACAAGUUUCGACAACGAGCACAGAGACCGGAUGAGACGGUAAAUCAAUUCUUAGCUUCUCUAAGGGAGUUAGCUGCUACAUGUGAUUUUGGGAACAUGGAGGACCAAAUGCUACGUGAUCAACUGAUUGAGYGUGUUGCUAAUACUCGCAUAAGAGAUAGAUUAUUGCUUGAACCGGACUUAACACUUGCUAAAGCUACUACAUUGGCGUUGCAAAUUGAAAGUGGAUUAAGAGAUGCGGAUGUCCUUUCUGAUGCUACCGCUGCUAGCGCUUCCGCUCCAGUGAGGGCCGUACAAAAGCAACCAAAGCAAAGCCGCCGCCGCUGGGACACGAAGAAGAAGCCGCCGGAUCCUGCUCCUGCCACGACUCAAGCUGCUGCUAACCGCCGUUCCUGCUUCCGCUGUGGAUCUUUCAACCACCUUGCUAACAAACCUUCAUGCCCUGCUGCUAAAAUGACAUGCAACAAGUGUGGUAAAGUGGGACAUUUUUCACGAGUAUGCCGUUCGACUCAAAAGGAGGUACGUGAAGUCGUCAUUAAUGAGCCCACAGUUCUUUACAUGAACAAUGCAGUGCUAGACAAGAUCCUCUGCACAGUUCAAGUGAUAGUUAAUGGACGAUGCAAWGAUGUUGAGCUGAUUGUGGAUACAGGCUCAUCAGUGUCCAUUAUACCAGAGAACAUUUACCACACCUACUUUUCUGAAUGUGUGCUAACUGAACCUACAUUUGCUCUUGUUACCUAUGCAAAAGAGAAAAUUCCUGUAAAAGGAUGCUUAAAAGCUACUAUUUCUCAUGAUAGUCAUUCUACUGCAGGAACUUUUGUUGUUGUUGAGUCAGGUGCUGCUCUUCUUGGUUUAGAUUUGUUUCAGGCUUUACAAAUGAAACUUGAAGGACGAAAAGUUAUUACUACUACUACUUCUCCUACCCCUAYGGUUGAACCUGCUGUGCCAGAGACUGUAUCAGAUCAUUCUCCAGACAUGUCAGUUCAGGAAGUUGGCUAUGCUAAAAACUUCAUACACAAAGUACAUAUACUGCCUGAUGCUGUUCCAGUGCAACAAAAACUCAGGAGACUUCCAUUUUCGGUAAGACAAGCCGUUUCCGAGGAGCUCAAAGACCUCCAGGAUAAGGGCAUCAUUGAACGUAUUGAUGCUUCUCCUUGGGUUUCUCCCAUAGUCGUGACACAAAGAAGAGAUGGGGGAAAACCACGCAUGUGUGUUGAUUUAAGGGAGCCAAAUAAAGUCAUUGUUGCUGAUUGCCAUCCAUUACCACACAUGGAUGAACUGUUCUCACAUCUACGAGGGGCUACUGUUUUUUC